AUGUCAUUCGAAAUAACAUUCUUAGGAGCUAGUGGUGGCCCACUAGAAGGAAACACCUGUUCACUACUACUUAAAUCCACUAGUAUUGGAUACUCUGAGCUAUUGGAGUUGGAAACUGAUCCAGACAGCAAUCCAAAUACCUACAAGACCAAUACCGAAGAAUUACUAUGUAUAGAUGCCGGAUCAGGUAUGGGCAAACUCACGGAAAUCAUAUACCAAGAAAGCAAGUAUCACAAAUCGGCAUGCAACUUGUUGAAUUACUAUUUUGAUUCGGAACCUAUCGACUACUAUUACCAUAAAGAUGUACAACGUAUUGAGCCAUUUGUCAAAUUUAACCAAUACAAUACCAUCACAUAUUCUAAGCUUUUGUUCAACAAGUUGAACAAUUUCCUAAUAACGCAUCCUCAUUUGGAUCAUGUGUCCUCAUUAGUGAUUAAUUCUGCAGGGUUCACGGUAAAUAAUCCACCCAAGCGAGUCUACGGCUCGAAAUACACCAUCAAAUCACUUCAACAACAUUAUUUCAAUGGAAUAGUGUGGCCGAACAUGCCCAGUUUUGAUAUCCUCGAGUUGACGCAGUUGGAGUUUGAAACGACGCAUAAAGUAGGUGAAUACAAUGUUCGCAUGUUUCCCUUGAGUCAUGGCGAGUUGAAUAUGAUUGAGAGUAAAAAUGCUGGAAGACAUUCUAGCAUUACGACUAUCCCUGCUGGAGUCAGUGAGGAUCAUUAUAAACGGUCAUUGACGGGUCAACGAAGCAGCGACCCCGACGUGCACCAUUAUCAAUCCACCUCAUUUUUGGUAUCACGAAACGAUGUAUAUCUACUUGCAUUUGGUGAUUUUGAAAGUGACAUGGUUAGCAAACUCCAGCGUAAUCAAAAGAUUUGGAAAUACGUGGCACCAGUGGUGUUACAACAUAAAUUGAAAGGUGUCAUUUUAGAAUGUUCAAAUGCGGGGGAACCGGAUCCAAACAAGUUGUAUGGCCAUUUGACGCCAAAACAUGUUAUUUAUGAAUUAAAACAGUUGGAACAAGAAUGUAAAAAGUUGGAGAAAAAUACAGAACACCCAUUGAAGGGACUCAAUGUCAUUGUUAAUCAUGUCAAGGAACCGAUACUAUCGAAUCUCCGUGAGAUCACCGAUCCACGAAAACGCAUCUUGACUGAUUUAAACAAAUACAAUGAGGAAGAAGGUUUAGGGUGUUAUAUAUCGAUUGCUUUAAGUGGUACUACCAUAGUGUUGUAA